AUGGUACUUCACCUUCACCUACGUCCAUCUCUACGACCACUUACGCUGUCUUCAAGUACUUCGAAGUUCGCUCGCCUCUCUGCGACGUUGACCUCUACCAACGGCACUGCAACUUCGUCCACAUCCGAGCCUACAACCUCAAGUGCUGCACUGGGGCUGAGCACAGGAGGAAGCGGAAUCUUGGCUUUGGUUGCUGCUGCUCAUUUUGACUUAAUCGUCACGUUAUGUACCGGGUCCAUAGGCUUCGUCCAUGACAUCUCAUUGCGCUCUGCGCUGGCCUCAGAGUCUCGGCUUCGUUUCAAUACCAAUAUGCGCCCUCUGACUGCAGCUCGUGGAUGGUACAACCUGAACGACACCUUGCUCAACGUAUGGAUACCAGCAGAUUACGAUGGUGUUAUCAUCACAGGGUUUCCUCUCCUCAUUUUGUGCGUCGCACUCCUCCAGGUGAUGAUCGCAUUGUCAGGGAUGCGGGCUGCCAAAAUCUUGACGUGGGGCUCCUCGCCUUUAGACCUGACCACCGCACUCGUCCACCACACGCAAUCGAUCACUACUACUUUCUGGUGCAUGCGUCGUGUGUCUGACCUAGACAAGUAUGGAGGUCCAGCGACGCCACCAGAAACACAGCCCUCCGCGUGGCAUGCGGCUCGCUCACCUUAG